UAAAUGAGAUGUGUGAAAGCCUCACAUCGGCACUUUCAAGACAGAAUAUAUAAACUCUCGUUGUUAUUAAACCCCCAAAUUCCCUUAAAUAUUACUGAGGACACGAUGCUGGUGUCCUCAGUGGGAGCUACAGCCCUGACUGAGAAAUAGAAAUCCUAUUUUUGCUUAACCUCCUUCACAGUGAGGUCAGAGGUCAUCUUAUUCAGCUGUAUUACACAAACUUCCUUUUUUCUCUACUUUGUCUCUGACUUCCUCUAGAAUGUGUCCUAAUUGUCUGUCCCUUUAAUUAAAUAAUCACUUAGUAAAGACGCUGUUGUUGUGAAGGGUCACGUAAUGUGAUAUAAAAAUGAACAUCAAGCAAAUACAAAACAUAAAUCUCCUUUGUAGGCUGUCUUUAACCAUGUCAGCUGAUCAUAAUUACCUCGCCAAAUUAAAUUUGAAGUUUUAGGGAGGAGUAACAUGGGUACACAAAUCAGGCCUAUGACAAAAGAUAGAUGACAAGAAGAGUAGUGACAUAAAGAGAAAAACUCAGAGGUGACUUAAGGGUGCUGACAAUACAAACUACGUUUAAGGAGGUACCACUUUAUCAGCUUAAAACAAAAUACAGUAAAACAGAAGUAAAGAAGAGACUGAGGGUGUGGGCUUGGACUUCAAAGACGAAGAGAAAUUUAAUUUAGGAAUGAGUUGGGGGAUGUAUCGGAUCAGCUGCAGCAGUUAGUUUGAUGAGACAGUUUAACAUCGCCCAAGAGGGGAUUUUUGGACGUGCUUGAAUAGAUAACUGAAAACAAUUUGAGGACUUCUUACUGGAAGCAUCAUGUCUCAUUCACAAUGUCUGAUUGUGCUCCUGUGUUGUCUACCUUUGGCAGGCUGUUUGCGCUGUUACACCUGUGUAUUCCCCGCAUUCUCUCCUCUGGACUGCUUAAAGUUUCCUCAGGAGUGCCCAGCUGGGCAGCGCUGCCUGUCUAGUACUGCGCUGGGAAAACGGGGCUCAUUUCAAGUGACGAUGUAUGAAAAGAGCUGUGCCAUCCCCUCCCAGUGCGGUGUGAGCGGACAGAAAUACGCCUCAGGCCUCUACUUCAACUACACCAACGUCUGCUGUGAUACAGACCUGUGUAACGGGGCCGUGUCCGUUGCUGCCCUCAGCUGGGGAGGAGUCGCUCUCUGCCUGCUGCCUGCACUCACUUUCCUGCUGGCCUGAGCAUCAGAGAUGAUGAUGGGCUGGAGGUCUAGAUGGGGGUCACGCUUAACACCAAACAUCAAAGAUGUAAGUGACCUGGAAAGGAUGUACACUCACAGGCACACGAGCAUGCACUUGUAAGCCAGUAGGGUUUGAAAAUUCAUGUUUUUAAUAAGAAUUAACAGGUAACGUGUCCUAGUGGCCACCCAAGAUAUGAUAUCACUGAUGCACUGAUUAUUUUCCUAACCAUAGUAUCCACGUAUCUUCUUAAAAAAAGCUUAAAAAAUAAAUCAAGACUUGGUCAGACAUGUGAGAUUGCUUUGUCAACUGCAGUUUCCAAUGUCAAGAAUGAACUUUUACACCAACAUGGAUGAGAAGUCCUCAAAAUACUCCAUCUCUAUUGGAGAAAAAGAAAAAAAGAGAAAAAGCGGAAAUUCAAACAACUACAUUUCCAUGUCAAAUGGCCGAAAGCUCCAGAAGAGAUACUAAAUGGAUCUUGACGUGCGAUUGUUUUAUUAACUGCUUUGAAACUCAAAAUAUAUACUGUUUGGCCAUGUUGAUGACCAGAUAAUGAUGCUAAUAAAACUUUAACAUUAAUAAACUACACUGAAGAGAUGCCUUCUCAGUAUUAUGCUUCUUAUUUGUGUGUAUCCAUGUUUCAGUGUAUGUACAUGUAUUGUUUUGUUUAAUUACUGCACUUGACAACAUGUUUAUAGUCAUUGCUGUCUAAGCUUUGAACGUACUGAUUGUAUAGACUAGAAAUGUUCUUGUUUGCACCUUUUUGUACGGCUUUUCCUUGACCAUCUCCAUGUUGUUACCAUGGAUAAUGGUUAAAAAGUAAAUAAAAACACAUCUGUCACUA